AAUAAUGCCGCCUCGUCCACACCUGCGUCGGCAGCUUUCUGCCCGCUUUCGAGCUCCACCUCUGCAUUCUAGAUAGCACCCACAGUCGGGCAAACGAGAGGCGUCUGGAUAUAAAACUAGCGACGCAGGCUGCCCGCGAUGCCUACCCCUCCCUUCUCCCAAGACCGCCGAGACUGGUUGAGCGAGAUUUCCGGCCUGUUUUCGCUGCAGAAGACCAAGAACACUGCCAGACCGGCCAAGUCGACGUCGCCGCCCGCUGUCAAUAUCCUCUUUGGCGUGCCAAAAGCCGGCGACUCUGCGUCGACGUUGAGCUUCAGAGAUGACGCCUCCGCAAAAGAUCAAGCAGUGGCUCACGGGCCAAGACGGUCUGGAUAAGCUGCGCAUGGCGGAAGCAGACUGCCCAGCACCGGGUGAGGAUGAGGUGCUGGUCGAGAUUCACUCGGUGAGCUUGAACUACAGGGAUACUGAAGUCGCCAUGGGCCUCUACAACCACCACUCGUCGGUUGAGCAUCCGCCGGCCAUUGUGCCAUGCAGCGACAUGUGCGGCGUUGUCGUUGCCGUUGGCCCAACCUCAAGCAACACGACGGAUGCGUUCAAGAACCCAGCCUUCCGCCUCCAAGAAGGCGACCGCGUCAUCAGCACCUUUGCCCCAACCCAUCUCAGCGGCCAAGUCAAGGCCUCGGACGUUGCCAACGGACUGGGUGGCCCUGCCCCCGGCGUCCUUACCCAGUACCGCGUGUUUCCCAGCUACGGCGUGGUCAAGAUCCCCGACUACCUAUCCUCGGAUGAAGCCGCGUGCCUGCCCAUCGCCGCCAUGACGGCGUGGAUGAGUCUAAACUGCAUGCGUCCCAAGGGCGAGAUCAUCGGCCAGGGCGAAACAGUCGUGUGCCAGGGCACCGGCGGCGUCAGCAUCUCGGCGUGUCAGAUCGCCACGGCCGCCGGCGCUGAUGCUAUCGUGACGUCCUCGUCUGACCAAAAGCUGCAGCGCGCAUCCCACCUCGGCGCCAAGACGGGAAUCAACUACCGCCAGACGCCAGACUGGGAGCAGGCCGUGCUCGCUGCUACGGGCGACGAGGGCGCAGACAUCAUCAUUGAAGUCGGUGGCGCACAGACUCUGCGCAAAUCCUUUGACUGCGUGCGUUUCGGCGGCCUGAUUUCUUGCAUUGGCUAUCUGUCUGGCAAGCAGGACGACGCCGGCGACCGGACAAACACAAACCUGCUGUGUUUGAAGAGAAACGUCACGCUCAAGGGCAUUUUGAAUGGGCCGCGCGAAGAGCUGGAGAGGAUGCUGAGGUUUUACGACGAGAAGAAGAUCAAGCCGGUCGUGGAUCGAGUGUGGAAGUUUGAAGAGGCGGAUCAGGCGCUCCAGUACUUGUUUAGCGGCGGUCAUUUUGGAAAGGUUGUUGUUAGGGUCAAGUAGACGUGUAAUGUGUAGAUUAUUCAUGUGUUACUAAAUCUUUCGUUGUAUAGUUGCUGAAGGUCAAUAUCUCCAAAUCACUUGAGAUUUGUCAAUGUCGUAU